AUGUCAAUCGAAGACGCCAUCGAAGCUUACAAAGAUCUGUCGGGCACAAUUUUCGCUAAGAAGUGGUGGGCGGGGAACAAGAUUACAAGACUCAUUGGGGGGGAGGCGAAACAAUACGCUUUCAGCGGAGAGCCCAUUAAGCAGGGGGUCCGAGACGUGUUGGAAAAACAAGGCCUGGAUAGCGACGUCGCUCUGCUGGAGUCGGAAGAAUCAUCAUGCCGAACAUUUGUGAGCGCUGUCAAUGCGGUAACUACGCAUGCCGAACUCCUUCGGACGUAUCGCCUCAACAAGCCUGGGCAGACACAUUAUCCUUGUACUGUUUGGGAAGCUGCUCGAGCAACUUCAGCAGCACCGAUGUACUUUGAACCUAUCGAGAUAGGCGGAAAAAUCAAGACCACCUUCGUCGAUGGCGGAUUGCGCGACAACAAUCCCGUCGGCUUGGUCACUGCCGAAGCACAUCGGAUCUGGCCCGGUCGCAAGAUCGGAUGUCUUGUGAGUCUGGGAACAGGCGUGACGCAACCAGAAUCGUUAAGUGUAACCAAGUCGAGGCUCCACGAGGUGUUGACCACGCUUGCGUCCAUGACCACCGAUGCCCACAACAGACAUCUCGAAUUCAGAAACAGCGAGGAGGGUCGAGGUUUGCUCAACGACAAGAAAUAUUUCAGAUUCUCACCCACCCAAGGGUUUGGUCAGGUUAGCAUGGAAGAUUUUGAGAAAGCAGACUCAAUGGUUCAGUUUGCGCGCGACUAUGUGCGUGAGCAUGAUGAUGCGUUCGAGCACUGCGUGGCGUUGCUGGGGAGCUUGAGCACUGGUAUACCUUUUUCGGUCUCCAACACUCCAAGCUCUCCGAACCCUCCCAGCAUCAGGUUGCAUCCAAAAGGGAGACAAGUCAGCAAAUUCUAUGUCGGACGAGAUGUCCUCACUCGUAGUCUGGACGAGUCUUGCCUCCUACAAUCGGGCUCGACACGGGAUAAUCCAGCAUGGAUUCUGCUGUGGGGAUUGGGAGGGACGGGCAAGACUGAGGCUGCCUGGCGAUUUUAUUCAACACAUCACAAGAAAUUUCUUCACAGCUUCUGGAUCGACAGUGGCGGUACCGACCAGGACCUCACGAAGGGCUUCCUCGCGAUGGCCGAAAAGAUUGGCCUAGGUAAGGAGGAUCCCGUGAGCAAAAUCGUUGCAUGGCUGGGUGAUCAAGAACACGCUUGGUUGCUCGUGCUCGAUGAUGUAGUCGAAUAUUCCAACCUGAUAUCCUGCCUACCGUCAAUCGGCAACGGUGUCGUGCUUGUGACAUCGACCAACAGAAUUUCAGAAGUCGAUUUCACCCAGCGGUUUCACCUUUCGGAACUAGAUCCCGAAGAGGCGAUGGAUCUGCUUGUACGUCGUAUGGAAAGACCUUGUCGACAGGCGUCGGAGAGGGAAGUGGCAGUGCUUCUACUGCGGAGCCUGUGCCACCUUCCGUUGGCUAUCCAUAUCGCAGGGGCCUAUAUUCGAGACCAGAAGUACACGAUACAACAGUACCAUAGCCAGUGGCGGCAAUAUUUCUGGGCGCAGGAGAAACUCAAAUCGGCCGAUUCACGCAUAGCAGCGACAUUCCAAUUGAGCUAUGACCGUAUUGCGAACCAAUAUGCCGAUGGCCGUUCGACCGUGGAGCUCCUCACUCUCCUGUGCUUUCUCCGUCCCCAAAACGCCUCGGAACAGAUUUUGGACGAAACCUGGCACGUCCUGUACGGCGAAACGGGCCUGGAAGAUCGCGAAGCCUUUCGGCACUUCAUGAUAAGUGUCCUGUUACACGGAGAAAGCGAUCAAUGGGAUCGGGCGCGCGACAAGGUUCGAAAUUCUUUAGCCCUCCUGGAAUCAUACUCUUUCCUGGUGUUCGCCGAUACGGGCGACAUUUACGUCCAUUCGCUCGUCCACGAGUGGUGUCGGCGUCGCUUGACCGCCGAGGACCGGGCUAAGUGGUGGAACAGAGCAGCGGUAACAUUGUUGCUGUCGGCCUCUGGCGAACAGGAUGGAUCUUUCUAUCGGAAAGUUGCGUCUCACCUCGAUCACCUAGCUAGGCUGGACGAAGCCGCCGUCUUCAAACUCCGGUGGCCCGGGGAAGGAGAUGAAUACGAAGUCGCGCGUCGCUUUGUCGAUGUAUACCAAGCCAGUGGCAGAUUUUCGGAAGCUUACAGGAUGCAAAAACAGAUCUGCGAGAGGCUUGAAACUUGCGAGCAGCGGGAAAGGCCUUCUCAAGUGUUCGCCGAGUCUCUUUAUGUCCUGUCUAGCCUCUGUACGGACGCUGGGGAUGAUGAAGAAGCCUUGCGUGUUGCACAACAGGCGCUGAUGCUCGCUCGCAAACGAUGCGAACCAGCCACAACGACAGAAUUGCUCAUAUGCCAGCAGCGACUUGCAGAGUGUCAGAGAGCCCUCGGGCAGUUCGAAGCAGCUUAUAAACUUCGGGUACAGAUUCUGGAUGGAUGCAAACAUGUACUCCGCGGUGAGGGUGACCUUGGUCAUCACGAGCUUCGGGCACGGCGAGAUGUAGCCAUCAGCCUGGCAGACAUAGGCAAACACGAUGAGGCUCUCCAAGCUCUGGAGAAAAUCACCGCUGAGCAGAAGAAUUGCUUGUCGUCAACUGAUCAAGAUUUGCUCGUCACGAGAAGCGCAUUGGCGCGGGCAUACAGCUGGACCGGCCUCGAGGAGAAAGCAUUAGAACAGCGGAAUAUCAUUCUGGACGCCCAAAAGAUUCGCGACGAAGACCACACAGAUACCCUUGUCGCGAUGCAAGAGGUGGCAGGUAGUCUGAGCAAGCUAGGGUUUUCUCAGAGAGCUCUUGAGAUCAACCAAGAUCUGGUCCAGAAAUGGACCGCGAAGAACGUCCCCAAGCAUCAUCGCGGGCUGAUAUCGGCCCAGAUCAACCUAGCUCAAAGCUUCCUUGCAUCCGGUCAGCUUUCCAAAGGGCUCCAGCUUCACCGAGAAGUGUUGGCGGCCAGGAAGGUCGCGUCCGGACCUCAGAGUGGCGCUGCUGUCGAUUCCAUGACCAUCAUGACACUGGCGCUUCAUCGGUGUGGCCACAAAGAUGAAGCGGCCGAGAUGAGAGCCAAGACGGAGAAGAUCUUGAACGAGCGGCCAAAUGCUGUUCCAGAGCACCGCAGACAAUACUGGAAAGCCAUGAAUAGCUUGAUGCAACUAGACGGUGUCGCAGAAAGGAUCCGACGGAGAAAGGACAUUUUGCGAAGCCAGGAAGUGGAGGACGACGUUGGCGCGGUGCGGACUGUCAUUGACCUCGCUCGUGACUACAUCAUAAUGCGAGAAUUCCCCAGUGCCAUACAUCGGCUUGAGACACUUCUCGGCAACACAAAGAGCAAGACAAAACUGGGAGAGCACCAUCCCCUUAUGCUUGACGCCAUGCAGACAUUGAUUAAGGCGCAGUUCAAAUCAAGACAGUUGACAGAUGCUGUUGGCUGGUUGGAACGACUUCUCCGGGCCCAAAGCGAAAGCCUUGGAAGGCAAAGCCCUGAAACAAUAAGGACCGCGAGACAGUUGACGGCGGAGCUAAGAUCGAGGAAGCGGGAUGCUGCUGCCCAACAAAAGGCAGCGGGUUUGGAGCGAACCUACGAACUCCGGACGCCAUUUGGUUCUUGA